AUGUAUUUCUCUUUUUCUCCCUUUCUUCAAUUUUCUAUUUCUUUUUUUCUUUCUUUUCGUUUCACCGCCUUUUCUUCAUCUCUUUGUUUGUUUCUUUCUUUCUUUCUUUUUGUUUCAACGCCUUUUCUUUCUUUCUUUCUUUCUUUCUUUCUUUCCUUCUUUCUUUCUUUCUUUCUGUUUCAUCGCCUUUUCUUUAUUUCCUUCAUUCUUUCUUUCUUUCUUUCUUUCUUUUUGUUUAUUUGUUUCUUUCUUUCUUUUUGUUUCACCGACCGUCCUUCCUUCCUUCCUUUCCUUUUGAUUCACCGCCUUUUCUUUGUUUCUUUCUUUGUUUCUUUGUUUCUUUCUUUUUGUUUCCCCGCCUUUUCUUUCUUUCUUUCUUUCUUUUUUCUUUUUGUUUUCUUUUCUUUUUCUUUCUUUCUUUCUUUCUUUCUUUCUUUCUUUCUUUUCUUUCUUUCUUUCUGUUUCACCACCGCCUUUUCUUUUAUUUCCUUCAUUCUUUUCCUUCAUUCUUUUUCUUUUCUUUUUUUCUUUUUUUUUGUUUAUUUGUUUCUUUUUUUUCUUUUUGUUUCACCGCCUGUCCUUCCUUCCUUCCUUUCUUUUUUGAUUCACCGCCUUUUUCUUUGUUUCUUUCUUUUGUUUCUUUUGUUUCUUUCUUUUUGUUUCCCCGCCUUUUUUCUUUCUUUCUUUCUUUCUUUCUUUCUUUCUUUCUUUCUUUCUUUCUUUCUCUCUUCUUUCUUUCUUUCUUUCUUUCUGUUUCACCGCCUUUUCUUUAUUUCCUUCAUUCUUUCCUUCAUUCUUUCUUUCUUUCUUUCUUUCUUUUUGUUUAUUUGUUUCUUUCUUUCUUUUUGUUUCACCGCCCGUCCUUCCUUCCUUCCUUUCCUUUUGAUUCACCGCCUUUUCUUUGUUUCUUUCUUUGUUUUUUUUGUUUUCUUUCUUUUUUUGUUUCCCCCGCCUUUUCUUUCUUUCUUUCUUUCUUUCUUUCUUUCUCUCUUCUUUCUUUCUUUCUUUCUUUCUUUGUUUCACCGCCUUUUCUUUAUUUCCUUCAUUCUUUCCUUCAUUUUUUCUUUCUUUUCUUUCUUUCUUUCUUUUUUGUUUAUUUGUUUCUUUCUUUCUUUUUGUUUCACCGCCCGUCCUUCCUUCCUUCCUUUCCUUUUGAUUCACCGCCUUUUCUUUGUUUCUUUCUUUGUUUCUUUGUUUCUUUCUUUUUGUUUCCCCGCCUUUUCUUUCCUUCUUUCUUUCUUUCUUUCUUUCUUUCUUUCUUUCUUUCUUUCUUUCUGUUUCACCGCCUUUUCUUUAUUUCCUUCAUUCUUUCUUUCUUUCUUUCUUUCUUUCUUUCUUUCUUUCUUUCUUUCUUUUUGUUUAUUUUAUAUUUUUUCUUUCUUUCUUUCUUUCUUUCUUUCUUUCUUUCUUUCUUUCCUCUCCUUUUCUUUCUUUUCUCUCUCUUUCCUUCCUUCUUUCCAUCUUUUCAAAAAUAGUAUAAUUCUCUUCCUUUCUCUUUCAUUUGUUCCUUCAUCACAUAACACUUUUUUCCCACAUUUUUCUUUCAAUUUAUUUACGUUGUCUUUCUCUUUUUUUCUUUUUUUUACUGCUCUCCUCAGACAUUUCUGCCUUCUUUACCGCCUUCUUCCUUCUUGCAAUCUUUCCUUCUUCGUCCUUAUCAAUUUAUUGAAUCAUUUCUUUUUUUACUUACAUUCUACAAUUCUCUAUUUCUUUCUCUUCCUUUCCUCACUUUUCUUUCUUUUUUUUCUUUUUUUUUUGCCUUUUUUUCUGACUCAGUUUUUUUCUUGUUAUGCUUCUCUGCUUCCUUUCGCAAUAUUUUAUUUGUCUACAACUUUCUUUGAAUCCUAUCUUUUUGUUUCAACGUCUUUUUCUUUCUUUGUUCCUUUUUUCUUGCUUUCUUUCUUUUCUUUCUUUUAUUUACGUUUUUUUUCUUUCUUCGUUUUUUCUUUCUUUCUUUUCUUUCUUUUAUUUUACGUCUUUCUUUCUAUUUUGCUCCCGUAUUUUGCUUCAACGUCUUUCUUUCUUUCUUUCUUUCUUUCUUUCUUUCUUUCUUUCUUUCUUUCUUUCUUUCCGUUUACGUCUUUUUUUCCAUUUUUCUUUCUUGCUUUUACUUUACGUCCGUCCGUCUUUCUUUCUUUCUUUCUUUUCUGUUCGUGUGUUUUGCGUCAACGUCUUCCUUUCUUUCCUUCUUUUUGUUUCCCCGUUAUUUUUCUUUCUUUUGUACGUGUCUUUUUGUUCUUUUUUUUCUUUCUUUUACUUUACGUCUUUCUUUCUUUCUCUCUGUUUUACUGCUGUAUUUUGCUUCAACGUCUUUCUUUCUAUUUACGUCCUUUCCCUUUUUUCUUUCUCUCUUUUGCUUUACGUCCGUCUUUCUCUCUUUUUCGUGUGUUUUGCUUCAACGUCUUCCUUACUUACCUUCUUUUUACAUCACCUUCUUUCUUUCUUUCUUUUGCUUCAUCUUCUUUCUUUCUUGCUUUACCGUAUUUUUUCUGUCUUUCUACUUUACCACCUUCCUUCCUUCCUUCCUUCCUUCCUACCUUCCUUCCUCUUGCUUCAUCUUCUUUCUUUCUUUUUGCUUUACCGUAUAUUUCUGUCUUUCUACUUUACCACCCUUUUUCCUUCCUUCCUUCCUUCCUUCCUUCCUUCCUUCCUUCCUUUCUUUCUUUUGCUUCAUCUUCUUUCUUUUUGCUUUACCGUAUUUCUUCUGUAUUUCUACUUUACCCACAUCUUUCCUUUCCUUCUUUCUUUCUUUCUUUCUUUCUUUCUUUCUUUCUUUCUUUCUUUCUUUCUUUUUUGUUUCACGUCCUUUUUUUCUUUUUGCUCCACCGAAUUUCUUUAUUUCUGCUUUACCGUUUUUCUUUCUUUCUUUCUUUCUUUCUUUCUUUCUUUCUUUCUUUCUUUCUUUCUUUCUUUCCUUUUGCUUUACCGUAUUUUUUCUGUCUUUUUACUUUACCACGCUUUUUCCUUCCUUCCUUCCUUCCUUCCUUCAUUCCUUCCUUCCUUCCUUCCUUUAUGUUGCUUCAUCUUCUUUCUUUUUGCUUUACCUCACCUUUCUUUCUUUCUUACACUCAUCUUCUUCAUCUUUUUAUAACAUUCAAUAUAUAUUACUUGAUUGUCUACCUUUUUUAUUUCGCUUUCACUUCUUUCCUUUUAUUUUUUCUUUCUUUCUUUAAACCGCUGACUGUUUUCCUUCCUUCCUUUCUUUCUUUCUUUCUUUCUUUCUUUAUUUAUUUCUUCAAAACGCUUUUAUUCUUUCCUUCCUAUAUUUUUCCUUUUAUUCAUCUUUUCACUCUUUCUUCCGCUGAUUUGUACCUCUGCGACUUCUUUUCAGUCAGCAUUCGAUUCUUAUGUGAAAUCAAAUUCUUCAAGUUUCUUUCCUUUCACUUACGCGUCCGAACUCAUUCGGUUCUUUCUUUUUCGUUACUUGUUUUUAUCUCUUUCUUUCUUUCUUUUGUUCGUCAAUUUGUUCUUUAUCUUUCUUUCUUUCUCUUUCUUUAUUCCCUUCCUUUUUCCUUUCUUUUAUCCUUCAUAUCAUUCUUUCGCUUUUCUUCUAAGUUAUUUCAUCUUUUUCUGUGGUUUUCUUUCUUUCUUGUUUUCUUUUCUUUUGUCCUUUCUUACGUUAUCGCUUUCUUUCUUUCUUUUGUUCGUCAGUUCGUUCUUUCUCUCUCUCAUUUUUCUUUAUUUCUUUCCUUGUUUCUUUCUUUCUUUUUUCUUCCUUCUUUCUUUCUUUCUUUCUUUCUUUCUAUCUUUCUUUCUUUCUUUCUUUCUUUUGUCCUUUCUUACGUUAUCGCUUUCUUUCUUUCUUUUGUUCGUCAGUUCGUUCUUUCUCACUCUCUUUCCUUCUUAAUUUCUUUCCUUCUUCCUUCUUUUCUUUCUUUCGUUCUUUCUUCCUUUCUUUUAUCCUUUCUUUGUUCUUUCUCUCUAUCUCUUUCCUUCUUAAUUUCUUUCCUUCUUCCUUCUUUUCUUUCUUUCGUUCUUUCUUUUAUCCUUUCGUACAUAAUCUCUUUCUUUCUUUCUUUCUUUCUUUUGUUCGUCAGUUUGUUCUUUCUCUCUAUCUCUUUCCUUCUUAAUUUCUUUCCUUCUUCCUUCUUUUCUUUCUUUCGUUCUUUCUUCCUUUCUUUUAUCCUUUCGUACAUAAUCUCUUUCUUUCUUUUUCUUUUCUUUCUUUUGUUCGUCAGUUCGUUCUUUUCUCUCUCUUUCCUUCUUAAUUUCUUUUCCUUCUUCCUUCUUUUUUUUCUUCUGUUUCUUUCUUCCUUUCUUUUUAUCCUUUCGUACAUAAUCUCUUUCUUUCUUUCUUUCUUUCUUUUGUUCGUCAGUUUGUUCUUUCUCUCUCUCUCUUUCCUUCUUAAUUUCUUCCCUUCUUCCUUCUUUUCUUUCUUUCGUUCUUUCUUCCUUUCUUUUAUCCUUCCGUACAUAAUCUCUUUCUUUCUUUCUUUCUUUCUUUUGUUCGUCAGUUUGUUCUUUCUCUCUCUCUCUUUCCUUCUUAAUUUCUUUCCUUCUUCCUUCAUUUCUUUCUUUCGUUCUUUCUUCCUUUCUUUUGUCCUUUCGUACAUAAUCUCUUUCUUUCUUUCUUUCUUUUGUUCGUCAGUUCGUUCUUUCUCUCUCUCUUUCCUUCUUAAUUUCUUUCCUUCUUCCUUCUUUUCUUUCUUUCGUUCUUUCCUUUCGUUCUUUCUUUCUUCAUUCUUAUCUUUCUUUCUUUCUUUAUUUCUUUAUUCGUUUCUUCCUUUCUGUCUUUCCUCUUUGAUUCCAUUCUUUUUAUUUCUUUGUUUCUUUCCUUCUUUCUUUUUUUCCGACUUUCUUAAUUAUUUCUUUCAUAAAUCGUUUUACGAGCGAGCUUUCUUCUUUCAUCUCUAUCUCACAGCAACCAUAUUCCCCAGGUCUCACAACCACCAUACUCUCCAGGUCACACAGCCACCAUAUUCUCCAGGUCUCACAGCCACCAUGUUCUUCAGAUCUCAUAGCCACCAUAUUCUCCAUAUCUCACAGUCACCAUAUUCCCCAGGUCUCACAAGCACAGUCACACAGCCACCAUAUGCUCCAGGUCUCACAGCCACCAUAUUUGCCAGGUCUCACAAGCACCGUAUUCCACAGGUCUCACAGCCAUCAUAUUCUCCAGGUCUCACAAGCAGCGUAUUUCACAGAUCUCACAGCCACCAUAUUUCCCAGGACUCAAAGCCACCAUAUCUCCAGGUGUCACAUCCACCAUAUUCUCCAGGUCUCACAAGCACCGUAUUUCACAGAUCUCACAGCCACCAUAUUUCCCAGGACUCAAAACCACCAUAUAUCCAGGUGUCACAUCCACCAUAUUCUCCAGGUGUCACAUCCACCAUAUUCUCCAGGUCUCACAGCCACCAUGUUCCCCAGGUCUCACAGCCACCAUGUUCUCCAGGUCUCACAGCCACCAUGUUCUCCAGGUCUUACAGCCACAAUAUUUCCCUGGUCUCACAGCCACCUUAUUCCUCAGGUCUCACAGCCGUCAUAUUCUCCAGGUCUCACAACCACCAUACUCUCCAGGUCACACAGCCACCAUAUUCUCCAGGUCUCACAGCCACCAUGUUCUUCAGAUCUCAUAGCUACCAUAUUCUCCAUAUCUCAGAGCCACCAUAUUCCCCAGAUAUUUUCUGUCACUUUCGUCUCUUUUGCUUUCUCUCUUUGUUUCGUUAUUUUUUAUUUCUUUUUUUUUCUCGCUUUCUUUAUUUUUCGUUCUUUGUUCUACUCUUUCUCUUUUUUCUUUCUUUAUCUCAUUCUUUCUUUCUUUCUUUUAUCAUCUCUUUCUUUCCUUCCUUCUUUUCUUUCUUUCUUUCUUUCUUUCUUUCUUUCUUUCGUUCUUUUUUCUUCCUCUCUCUCUCCGUCUUUCUUUCUUUCUUCGUUCGUUCUUUUUUCGUUAUUUCUUUCUUUCGUUCUUUCUCUCUUUGUUUCGUUUUUCUUUCUCUCUUUCUUUCGUUUUUUUUUCUUUCUUUCUUUCGUUUUUUUUCUUUCUUUCUUUCUUUCUUUCUUUCUCGCUUUCUUUAUUUUGUUCUUUCUUUCUCUCUUUCUCUUUUUUUUUCUUUAUCUCAUUCUUUCUUUCUUUCUUUUAUCAUCUCUUUCUUUCCUUCAUUCUUUUCUUUCUUUCUUUCUUUCGUUCUUUUUUCUUCCUCUCUCUCCGUCUUUCUUUCUUUAUUUCUUUCUUUCUUUCUUUCUUUCUUUCUUUCUUUCUUCGUUCGUUCUUUUUUCGUUAUCUCUUUCUUUCGUUCUUUCUCUCUUUCUUUCGUUUUUCUUUCUCUCUUUCUUUCUUUCUUUCUUUAUUUUAUUCUUUAUUUCUCUCUUUCUCUUGUUUUCUUUCUUUAUCUCAUUUUCCUUUCGUUCUUUUUCUCUUUCUUUCUUUCCUUUUUUUUCCUCCAAUCUUCUCAUUCUUAG